UUUCAGGCCUUUGUGUGUUUUCUGUUCAUUGGAGCGGCCAGUGUGAUGGCUAACCCUAAGCCCGGCGGAGGAAGUGGCUGGUCCUCUGGAGGAGGUGGAGGCAGUUGGUCAUCGGGAGGUGGUGGCGGUGGUGGCCAUGGCGGCGGAGGAGACGUACAAAUUAUUAAAGUUAUCACCGAGAGUGGGUCUUCUGGAGGCGGUGGGGGAGGAGGUGGAUGGUCCUCUGGUGGCGGCGGAGGAGGAGGUGGAUGGUCUUCUGGAGGCGGCGGGGGAGGAGGUGGGUGGUCUUCUGGAGCUGGCGGGGGUGGCUGGUCCUCAGGGGGAGGCGGCGGAAGCGGCAGCGGCAGCGAUGUUAAACUCAUCAAAAUCAUUAGUCUCGGAGGUGGUGGAGGAGGACAUGGUGGUGGUGGAGGAGGCUGGUCUUCAGGAGGAGGAGGUGGCGGUUGGUCAUCAGGUGGAGGUGGUGGCCACGGAAGUAGCGGAGGUGGCGGCACCAAGGUCAUCAAAAUCAUCAAACUGAGUUCUGGAGGCCAUGGAGGUGCCGGCAGCGGUGGCGGCCACGGAGGCGGCGGUGGUGGCGGUUGGCAGCCCGCUGGAGGUUGGGCAUAAUCCUAGUCCAAUCCUAGAAAGCCAUCAAAUUAAUCUUCAACCACUUUUGUAAAUACUGUAUAUAUGUAUCCAAGAUAAUUUUUUUUAGUAUUGUUACAUAAAUUAUAUAGCAAAUGGCACUUGCUUGUAACAACCAAUUUGUUAAAUUCCUGUUCGUCUGGUAAUUUAAAACGAACUAUGAUUAAAUUUGUAUG